UGCGAUCCAUAAUGGUGAUGCUGGCGUUCGUUUCAAACUGCCGAAGGGGUCGUCGCUCGGGAUCGCAUCCGUUGACGACGACCGGAUCUCCCACGGAAGACGAAGGGUAAGAGGAACAGAGAGUUCGGACAUCAGAUCUCUUUGUUUUCCCACCGGAUCGACUGCGACAGGUGCUUCUCUGAGUCCCUUCACUGCCUCCUCAUCGCGGAUUAAGCCGCAAAAUACAGAUCUGCUGAAAAUUGAAGCAUUGGUAUGGAAGUCUCAGACUUGAGUGGAACUAUGGAUGUGACAGCUAUUUUAGCAUCAUCCCCUUAUGAUAAAUGGUUUGCACUUUCAACCUCGGGCUGGUGCCCAUCAGCACGAUAUAAGCAUGCAGCAGAAUUUGUCAAUGAAAGACUCUACGUAGUUGGUGGAAGUCGUAAUGGCAGAUAUUUGUCAGAUGUUCAGGUAUUUGAUUUUAGGACAUUGAGAUGGUCUACUUUAAGACUUGAGGUAGACAAAGAUGGUUCCAGGUUGGACACAGUUGAUCAAGAAAAGGGCUUCCCUGCAGUGGCAGGCCACAGCUUGGUGAACUGGGAAAACAAGCUUCUAGUUGUUGCUGGAUUUACAAAGGAAUUGUUGGAUUAUGUGACAAUUUGGUCCAUUGAUCUAGAAACUAACAUCUGUUCAUUCGUUGCGACCUAUGGUAAAAUUCCGAUAGCUAGAGGAGGGCAAUCCACAACUUUGGUUGGUUCUAAACUUUUUAUGUUUGGUGGAGAAGAUAGAAAGAGGAAGCUGUUAAAUGACCUUCAUACCCUUGAUUUGACUACAAUGACGUGGGAGGAGAUUGGAACCAAGAAUGCAUCUCCAGCACCAAGAUUUGAUCAUUCAGCUGCAGUAUAUGCAGAUCAAUAUCUUCUCAUCUUUGGUGGUUCAUCUCAUUCAAUCUGUUUCAAUGAUUUACAUUUACUAGAUUUGCGGACUAUGGAAUGGUCACAACCACAAACUCAGGGUGCAUAUGUGACUCCUAGAGGUGGUCAUGCUGGCACCUUAGUAAAUGAAAACUGGUACAUAGUAGGAGGCGGAGAUAAUAUUAGUGGAGCCACUGAAACUGUUGCCUUGAAUAUAUCCAAGCUUGUGUGGUUGAUCACCACAAGUGUAGGGAAACGUGAUCCACUUGCUAGUGAGGGUCUUACUCUAUGCUCAGCAGUGCUGGAUGGUGAAAAGUUCAUCAUUGCCUUUGGUGGUUACAACGGGAAAUAUAACAAUGAGAUAUUUGUUCUAAAAAUUAAACCUAAAGAGCCAUUGCAACCACGACUUCUUCAAUCACCAGCAGCUGCAGCGGCUGCCGCUUCUGUAACUGCUGCAUAUGCUAUAAUCACUGCAACUGAUGAGAAAAACAUAGCUAUGAGAAAUUCAGUCAAUCCGGAUGUCAAAAGCAAUGAAAUUGAGAAUGUUCAGAAGCUUAGUGCUAUUGAUACUGAUACUCUUAAAGCAGAAAACAAGUUAUUAGAAUCGAGGAUAAUGCAAGCAAGAGAUGAGAAUUCAAGGCUACAGACCAAGAUUGAUGAGAUGAAUAUUACCCAUACUGAAUUAUUGAAGGAACUUCAAUCGGUGCAAAAUCAACUUACAGCUGAAAGUGCACGAUGUCUAAACUUGGAGACACAUAUUGCUGAAAUGCAGAAAAGCCUGGAGUCAUUUAGUUCUUUAGAACAUGAGAUCAAUAUGCUACGUCAUCAGAAAUCUCAAGUAGAUCAGGAGAUGGUUGUAGUACAGAAACAGAGAUCUGGGGGUGUCUGGCAAUGGCUUUCUGGCACCGCUGAUGAUGUUUAGUGAAAUCAGCAUGAACGGAGCCCGUGAAGAUAUUCAAGAUCCUUCAGAAGCCAAAUAUUUAAUUACUAAAUCUCAACAUUGUCUGAAAAUGGAAGGCAAGCCACGUUAUCCUCCAGCAUUAGUAGUAUGUUCUUAUGCAGAUGUUUGUCGGAAAUUCAUCGGUGAUUGCUGGUGGAUUUCAUCAAGCAAGAAUUACAUGCAACUUCAUAUGCAUCUAAGCUUCUCGGUUGGCAGUACAUAGGGCUCGAUAUUUAUGAUUACAUCGUUACUAAACAAGCUUUUGACAUUCGUUCAUUGGAAUAAAUGCAUCUGUCGGCCCGUAAAUGAACAAAUUAUCCUUGUAACUGCAUGGCAAGUGGAUUUCAUUGACGGUGGAACACUCGAUUGACUUC